AUGACCAAGAAAUGCAAGACUCUCCAAGAAAAAUGCGCGGACCCCGAAAACAGGAGCCGGAGAUGUAAUCUGAGGUUCUUUGGGGUUGCGGAGGACUCGGAGAAGGGGAAUAUGCUUACGUUUCUGCCGGUGUUUAUUCGGGAGAUACUGGGACGCGAAAGCUUUGAUUCUCCCCUGGUGCACAUCUUCCCUGACAUGACUCCGGAGGUGGGAAAGAUGCGUGCAGCCUUCACCGACAUAAAGAGAAAGCUCCACGAUGCUGGAGUGUCAUACAGCCUCUUUUUCCCUGCGAAGCUGGUUGUCACAGUGAAAGGAGAAAGACAUUCAUUUGACUCACCUCAGGCAGCCGAGUCCUUCUACCAACAACAUGUGAAGUAA